UUCCGGUGGCGCCAAAGUCUGGCAACACCGCGGCAGUUUAACGGUUUAACAGUUUAACAGUUUAACCGGGUUCUCCGGGGUUAAUUAGUUAAAUCUGUUUCCCUCCGCGGGUCAAAACGGAGUAAAUGAGCAGAUAAACGCGGACUUUUAUCAGUGUUUUGAAGCCGCAGCUGCACAAAUGUGGAAAUGUCCGGGAAACCGGAGCAACUUCUCAUCGUUGUGUCGGUCCUGGAAGGCCGUCACUUCCCCCGUCUCCCCCGUGUCUCCCUCACCGUGACCUCCAGCUUCGACGGGGAGCAGCUCAGCACCGACCCGGUGGAUCAUGUGGAGACGCCGCAGUUCAACACGGAGCUAGCAUGGGAGCUGGACCGCCGCGCGCUGCACCGACACAGGCUGCAGAGGACCCCCAUCAAGCUCCAGUGCUGGUCCCUGGACCCCGCCAGCAGGAGGAGGGAGAGCGUCGGCUACAUCGUCCUGGACCUGAGAUCCGUGCAGGAGAAACGGCAGGAGCCCCGUUGGUUCCCCCUGCUCAGCAGCCCGUACCCCCAGCAGAAACCCGCUCUGCUGCUGGGAACGGCCCUGGAGAAGGACCAGGUCUGCAGGAACUCCCCGGAGAAGUUCAGGGCCCGGAGGGCCCCGCCCCGCCAAGGUUCCCCGUCGGUCCCGGAGCUGCUCCCUGAGAACCUGCAGGCGGUUCUGGUCUCGGACCUCGGCCACCACCAGGUGGGCCCGCCGGACCGAUGCAGCGACAUGUUCCUGCUGUCGGUCACCGUGGCCUUCGCCUCCAAGCUGGAGCAGCUGGUCCCGGACCGGGCCGGUCUCUCCUCGGAGGACCGGGGCUUCUUCUUCUACUACUGUCUCCUCGGUAACGACAUCACCAGCCAGCCGUUCCUCAGCCUGCUGAGCCCCGACUUCCAGCCCGAGAGAGCGUCGGUACGAAUCCGGAGCAGCAGGGACGUUCUGCAGAACUUCCUGGUGCAGCAGCCGGAUUUAGAGAUCCACCUGUGCUGUGGGAACCAGUCUCUAGGUGGCGCUAGCGUCUCCCUCUCGGCUCUGGCCUCCGUCUCCGUGGACCUGGGCCGCGGGGCGGCCACGGUGGAGGGCGUGUUCCCCCUGACGCCGCCGCGGCGCGCUAACCUGGCGCCGCUAGCCGCGGAGCUGCAGCCGUCGGUGGGCGUCGCCGUCACGCUGCGGCGGGAGGACGUAGCGCCGCAGCCGCCGGCGGGGAACAGAGACGUUACGACGGAGGCUCCGCCCCCCGAGGCUCCGCCCCCUGAGACUCCUCCCCCUGAGGCUCCGCCCCCUCAGGCUCCUCCCACCGAUCAUCCAAGCCCCGCCCCCCUCAGGAAGGGCCGUCCUCCGUCUCAGACGGAGAGUGAAGCCGACAGUCUGCUGGAGGAGCUUCAGGACCGGGAACCGGACCGGGUUGCCGCGGCGACGCCGGAGGGGGCGGAGCCUCAGGACGGUGGGGGCGGGGCCUCGUCCCUCAGUGUCUCCGCCCCCAAGGUGUCCAUCCCGUCCUCGUCCCACCAUUACAGCUUCUCCCUGGACCUGCAGAGACUCGGGAAGCUCAGCCUGACGCACGGGAUCAACGCUACGCUCAGGUACCAGUACCGGUUCUUCGGCAGCUCCGCCCCCAUCAUGACCAACCCCCCGGUUCAGCUCCAGAGGAACCAGGAUGUUUCUCUCCCUCAGUCUUUCUGUGCCUUCGACUUCGCUGCCGAACCAAAGCAGCUGACGGACACGUUCCUGAGGGAGCCCCUGGUGGUGGAGCUGUGGCACCGCGGCGCCGCCAGCCGGGACCAGCUGAUUGGACGGGCCUCGCUGCAGCUGUCCCAGCUGCUGGUUCUGGACCGGACCCGGUUCACCGGGCCUGCCGGGGGGGCGGGCUGGAGGCAGAGCCACCGGAACCGGGUCCCGGUGGUCCCGGUGCAGAGUCCUGCAGAGACGGUGGCCGAGCUAAGCUACGUAGCGACGCUGGAGGAUCACGGCUUCAUCCGGGACCGGCGGGUCCAGGUCUCGGACUCAGAUCAGAAUGAAGUUCCUACUCAGCCAUUGGCCCCCCCAGCAGGGACCAGACCCGGGGCCCUCCCAGGGGGCCCCCCAGCAGAGACCAGACCCGGGGCCCCCCCAGGGGGCCCCCCAGCAGCGCAGGCCCCCAGGGACACCAUGGAGUACCGCACGGCCCUGGAGCUGGAGCUGUGGAAGGAGCAGCAGGAGGAUCUGUUCGACGACCAGCUGAAGAGGAAGGAGCUGCGACACAUGCAGGCGUUAGCGGAGGAGUGGAGGAGGAGAGACGGAGAGAGAGAAGCUCUGGUCAACAAGAAGGAGACAGAGUUCCAGCGGUUGGAGCUUCAGCUCCAGAAAACUCUGCUGGAUCUGGAGACGAGAGAGAAGCAGCUGGAGGAGGCGGAGCUGCAGACCCGGCGGCUGCAGCGCGACCUCCGGGCCGAACACGAGCUCGCCCAGAAGGAGCUGCAGGAAACGGGCCGGCGGCUGCAGAGAGAGAACGACCACCGGGUGGCGCUGGAGCGGGAAACGGUCCGUCUGAUGGAGGAGGAGCGAGGACGGCUGCUGCAGCAGAUGUCUGACGGUGAGAGUCGCUACAAGCAGCUGGAGAGAGAGUUCCAGAUGUUCAGGGAGCAGCAGGGCGGCCGGCCGGAGGUUCGGCUGCAGGCGGAUAUUAACCUGCUGACGCUGGAGAAGGUGGAGCUGGAGAGGAAGCUGGAAUCCACCACCAAGUCCAAACUGCACUACAAGCAGCAGUGGGGGAGAGCGCUGAAGGAGCUGGCCCGGUUCAAACAGAGGGAACAGGAGAACGCUGUGAUCCGUCUGAAGAAGCAGCAGGCGGAGCUGGAGGCCAUGAGGCUGCGUUACCUAGCAACCCAGGAGAAGGAGGCGGUGCAGCAGGACCGGAGGGAACUGGACGGGAUCAGGGACCAGAUCAACAGGUUAAAAAAGCAGGAAGACAAAGUAGACCCCGCCCCCUCCAGUACAGGCCCCGCCCCCUCCGGUCCAGGCCCCGCCCCCUCCCUCCAUGGCCCCGCCCCCUCCCUCCCAGGCCCCGCCCCCAGUGAGGACCACCUGUGUCGUCUCCUGGAGGAGAGGGAGACGCUGCUGAGGACGGGAGUUUACGACCACCAGGACCGGAUCAUCGUGGAGCUGGACCGGCAGGUCCGGGAGGCCAUGGGGGGGAUGGGGGGAUUAGCCGAUUCAAUGGGGACGUCCUUUGACAAGACAAAGAAGCAGUACAACCUGUUUACAUACAACUGUCAACACUUCGCCACUGAGAUGCGUUACGGCAAGCCUGAGAGUCAGCAGGUGAAGGACGUAACAGCAGCAGCAGGAGUAGCAGGAGGAGCAGUAGUAGGCGCAGGAGUGGGAGCAGUCCACCCCCAGGCUGAAGUAUGCAGUGACCACACUAAGCAACCCCAGCUGAAGGAGGAUGAGGGAGACUUUUGA